CCGUCGCUUGUUAAACGUAUUGUUGUGGACCCUCCGAUUACGAGCCCUGAUGCAAGCACUGUUUGGACUGUUGGAAGUUCGGUGACAGUGACCUGGAAUACGUCCGUCAUUCCCCCGGAGGCUCAGAACAGCACUGGGACGCUCGUACUCGGUUUCCAGACCUCGGAUAGCGAGAAUCUUCAGCUCGAUGACCCGUUGGCAAAGGGUUUCCUGCUCACCGAUGGAUCUGUCCAAAUCACCGUCCCAGACGUGACAGAGAAGUCAAACUAUAUCGUCGUCCUCUUCGGCGACUCCGGUAACGCAAGCCCAGAGUUCACCAUC